CACCUGAAAUAUCACAAGCUCGUGAAACAUGGAGUUGGUAAGAAAUUGAAGUGUCCCUCGUGUGAAUACACCUGCCUCAACAGGUCAAUGCUCAACAGUCACUUGAAGAGGCACUCGCUGGAAAAGCCGUUUUCGUGUGAAACCUGCGGAAGCUGCUAUAAAUUUUCAAACUUGUUAAAA